AUGGAUAAAUUACCAGAAGUAGUUAUACUUAGGAUUUUAUCACAUCUUGACUUUGACGAUUUACGCACUGCUGCUCGAGUGAACAAGCAAUGGGAUCGUAUCGCCUUUGAUCCGUUCUUGUGGCGGUUGUUAGAACUCCGCGGACUUUUCCUUGGUCAUGAAGGAUUCAGCGUGUUCUUUGAUAGGAUUCGUGACUCUGUUGUUUGUUGUAACUUAAGAGACUGUACAGGCUUGUCAAGGGAUUUCGUUUUCAAGAUUGUGACAGAAUGUUCUCGCUUGAAGGCACUAAGUCUACAGGGAUGCCAGAUAUUCAGUAAAGUUGAUGACGACGAUGUUAUCUAUUCCCGUCUGCCAUUGGGUAUAAAGUACUUGGACCUCAGGUUCAUCCAAGAUGACGACGUCUCAAUGAUCUUCAGUAGUUUACUACCACGCAUGCGCAGUAUAGAAGUAUUAGGAAUGGACCACUUCCACUUGCCUGCAUACCCAUCGACUCGGCUACUCCAGUCCCUGCUCAACCUGAAGGUAUUUUACUGUCAAGAUUGUCCGAGUCUUAUUGAUGACGAUCUGAAUGAAAUCGCUUCCAGCUGUCCUAAUCUAGAGGCACUCAGUUUUGCAGGAUGUACUUGUCUCUUGGGGAAGUUUCUUCCUUUCUUGAUCCAUGCUUGUCCGCGUUUAAGGACGCUUCUCCUCAGCUGUACAAGGAUUUCUAACCAGUAUCUCAUGGCAACAGACUGGGCGCGGUCCGUAAUCACUGAACUCGAUAUAUCUUACUGUUAUUCUAUCACCGAGGAAGGAUUAUUGAGUCUCCUCCCCAGGCUCUCUCAGCUUAAUUACCUCCAAAUCUCAUUUUGUGGCUGGGGCAGAUCUCUGAGUGAUGACGUCAUUAUGAAAAUGGCCGAAAAAAAUUGCACAAAUCUAGAGACUUUAGACAUUCACAGCAGUUUUAACCUAUCUGAACAUGCGCUGUAUGGGUUACUGAGGAAUUGUCCCAACAUGACGACACUGUGUGUUGGCAGCGCCUUCAACUCCGAGGCUGAACUGGGUGCGUCUUUAAGGUGUCUUCCUAAACUAAAAAUCUUCUUUAUAACAAAACAGUCAGCCAUUAGGACAGAAGUAUUAUUCAACUUCAUUGCAAAAUAUUGUCCAGACUUGGAGGCGCUUGCAUUGCAUAACUUUUACGCCAUAAGCCGCUCAAAAGUCGAAGUCAGUUUACUGAAUAUCAUGAACAAAUGCCAUAACUUCAAAACGCUGUGUAUUCGUGGUACAAAUGUUCCUUUGCGAACAGAAAUGAUUACAAUAGCAGGUGUAACAAAGAUUAUCUCUGGACGACGAGAUAUUGAUAUCGUACGAAGCUCACACGAACUCUCAGUAGGACCGACUAAUGGUCUAGAUAAUGUUAUGCAAGCUGGAUUCAACCGUUAUCGAGAUAGGACCUUAUGA